UUCGAGAACUGCUUAAGGAGCGGGCAGCCGCCGCUCUGCUCCCGCUAUGGGGGUGACCGUGGAGGCGCACACAAUUUACAGAUACCCCUUCGAGCAGGUGGUGGCUAGCUAUCUCCGAAAGUAUCCCAGUCCCAUGGAGAAACAUGUCACAGCUGUAAAAACGGUAGAAGAGAAAACAGAUUUGUCUACAGGGAUUAUAUACCGGAGAAGGAUUGCAACGUGCCAAAAUGUAAUCCCACAGAUUUUAAGAAAGGUCAGUGUUCUAAAAGUAUCUGACAUCUACUUAGAAGAGGAAUCUUGGCUUAAUAUGCAGGAAAGAAUUAUGUCCAUGAAGACUCGUUGCCUUACCUGGACACAAUAUGCCUCCCUACAAGAGGAGUCAGUCUUCAGGGAAAGCUUGGAGAAUCCAAACUGGACAGAGUUUAUUCAGAAAGGAAGUGUCUCCAUUAAAGGGGCUGGUCUACUGAACUGCUUACUGGAAGCUUUUGCACAAACAUUUUUAAAUCAGGGUGCCAAAAAGGGCAUUACAAUCAUGGAGUCACUUCUACAAGAACAGUUUGGGAGUCCAUUUUUGUGAUGAACAAAAACAGAAGAAAUCACAAAGCUUGAACCACAGCAUAUGUCCUUAUCCUUGGAGAUGUUUCUUGAAAUGUAAUGGGUUAUCAUUUUAAUGAAGGAAUGAGUGGAGGGCCAAGAAGAUAAGGGCCAACACACUAUUUAAGUAAUAUAAUGAAAUUGUAUUCUUCUAAAAUCUAUGCAUCAGAGUGAUCAUGGAGUACAACUGCGCCUUUGUGCUUUAAACUCUGAAAUCUAUGCAUUCAGAGGAAGUAAUUAAAAUGAAGAACCAAUCCCCAAGCCUGUGCUUCUCCAGAAACACUGCCAGUACAGAGGAACAACGGGGCAACUGAAACAGCAGGGACCUACAGACUGUAACUUGUUUAUCACGUCAGGCUACCACAUGAACAUUUUUUUCUCAACUCUAAAUACUGGUUUUCUGCAAAAACUGUUAAACUCCACAAAUAUUAUACUUCUCUCUCAGGUAUGUCUCUAAAAUGUGAAUAACUGUAAAACAUUACCAUUUUUCUAAGUCUGCAAAAGCUUGAGGCCAUAGAUCUAAAAAUGUUUAUGCAGUUCCACACUAACCAGGGCUCCAUCAUUUUAAGUCCACUGAAGUCAAUGGGCUUAGAAGGUUCUGCUAAGGACAGCACUGUUAAUGGAUGAUGAAUUGCUAUAGCAACACUUUUUGGAUGGUAACUUUGUUCUGUUUUUUCCCCCUCUCACUGGUGGUAAGAUUAACAGGUAGGUUUUAAAGUACACUCAAAAUAGUCAUCAUAAUAAUUCAUUAGUUUACUGAUUUUUGUGAUCAGAAGGUCAUGGCUAUUCCUCUUUCUUGUGUUUUAUAGAUCUGUAACUCUUUCAAACAGGGUAUAUCAAUUAUUUGGUCUAUAGAAGAUUUUCAAUUUACCUGAAUACCUGUAUUUGAAAUAAAAGCAGAGUCUUAAGCCUUGCAAUAAUUACUUGCACAGCUGGAUCUGGAGGGUAUAUCACGUUGCUAAUAAUAAAUACUGAAAUGUCUACUUUUAUAAAAAUUUCCCGUGUUGGGAUGAAUUUUGGUAAUACUAUAAACAGAAGUGCUGGGCGGAUAGUUAAUAUCUGCACUGAAGUUGUAUCUCCUCUGUAUUGGAUAGGUACCAUAUAAACAUGACAUGGUUUGUUGGAUGGUGCUUAGGUAAACAACCAAUAUGAUUAUGUUAAAAAUGUUUAAGUCUUGGUUAAAUAAAAUAUACGUUUAGUAGUAGCAGGGAGGAUGCUGUUUUGUCAUAAAUAAUAAAACCAUGUCCUUUUCAA